AUGACCACUUCUCUGAAGCUUGUCAUUACAUUUCGAAAGCAGUACUUAGAACCACUGAAGGCAAAACUAAGUGCUAUCAAGUUUUUUGAUUAUUAUAAUACUGAGCACAACAUUAAUUGUGAAGUUCAUGUUUCUGAUCCCAAAAAUGUUGAUGUCGAUCCAAUUUAUAAAGCUGAGUUGUAUGAAAUUGAAGUUGAAAUUCAGUAUAACGAACAUUUUUUACAUCCCGGAGAUCAGUUUAAUAAAAUAGGAAACGAGUGGUGCAAUCCUACGAAAAAUAUCCUAGCAAAUGCAUGGCUGAAGCUGUAUGACCGCUCUGUGUUGAGAAAUAAAGGCAAACAGUUUCACUCUGAUGUUGAUCUCAAUGAAAUUGCAUUUGGCACAUUUCCAACAAUGUUCCACUUCAUGCAGCACUACCACUAUGAAAUAAAAUCUGGUGAGCGAGAGAUAAUGUGCACAUUUUUGCAUAAUCAGAAGCAUUUUAUCGUUUAUACCUGUUUAGUGCAUGAUAAAUAUUGUAAAUUUCUCAAAAGAACUUAUAAAUUUAGAGUAGAAUAUAAGUCAAUAUCUAGGGUAAUCAUAAACGAUACUCCUAACAAAGAAACAGUGCAGAUGUACUUUAUUUUGAAGCAUAUACCUUUAGUACACAUAGAAAAAGAUGAAAAUAAGGAAGAACCUGAAUUUCAGUCGGGUGACAGGGUCUCAUUUUUAGCUUCAGACCAAGAAUACCAAGAAAAAAAAUGGGAUAGGGCUUUAGAGUUUGGAUGCAGGUGUAAUCGAUCCUUUUGUGUUUUAAAGAAAGUUGGUAAAUGUCCAGUUUUUAAGGUGGUAAUAUCAAGAAAAAGAAGAGCCAAUGGAAUAAUUGAAAGGCUGAUCCAGAGAUGCCCUUCUAAAACCAUAUUUCAUUAUUGCCAUGUUGAAGCUUUGAUUUCCAAAUUGAAGUUAAAAGAUUUCGAACUUUUUCCUUAUGAUAGUGAAAAGUUUGACAAAAUAAUUGAUAAAAGUCAUGUAGCUGACAUUUCAUUUUCCUGUCAGUUUGCAUGGCAAGUAGUUCUGUCAUACUCUUUAGAAAUACAGGAUCAGAUUAUAAUGAAAUAUGAACUGGAAAAGAAUGCCGACCAACUUGCCCCAUGGGUGGUUUUGAAAAUGAAUUUAAUAAAAUUUUCUAGAAAAAAUAUUGAUGCUUUGUUAAGUGCAUUGUAUCAAAUUGCUGAGAUGAUUGUGAGAAAUGAAAUAUUUGUUUUUGAAGAUGCAUUGCAGAAACUUUUUGACCAUCAUUGCCGCCAUAAGUCCAAGCUUGAGCUUCCUGAAGGAAUGUGCUUCGUUCGACGUUUAAUAAUUACGCCAUCAAGAGUCAUCUCUGUUUCACCCACUGAGCAUUUUGACAAUCGUGUCAUUCGAAAGUAUGGAGCCGAAAACAUGCUUCGUGUAUCGAUUCAGGAUGAUAACUUUUCUAAAUUAACUUUUGCAGUUCAGUUCCAUACCUAUAAAGAUCAAAUGUUAGAUGAAAUAGCAUUAAAUAGCCUGCGAAAAGGCAUUGAAAUUGGUCCUAGGCAUUAUGAAAUGCUUGCGGCAUCUAAUAGCCAGCUCAGGGAGCAUGGGCUGUGGAUGUAUGCUCAAGAUAGACAAGGAAACACUGCAGAUACAAUUAGAAAGUGGAUGGGCGACUUUAGUCGGAUCAGAAAUGUUGCAAAAUACAUGGCACGCAUGGGGCAAUGUUUCUCAACGAGUGAAGAAGCAGUGCAGCUAGAGCUUUCAAAUGAGAAUGUUAUUGAACUUGAAGAAGUGAAGUCUGCCGAUGGAAAAUAUGUUUUCUCGGAUGGAAUUGGGAUGAUAUCACAGGAUUUAGCCGAAGAGGUAAAAAAGGAUUUGGAGAAGCAUGUUCCCUUAAGAAUCAUGCAGCUCCAACCUAUGUACAGACCAACAGCAUUUCAAAUUCGCUACCAAGGGUGUAAAGGAAUGGUUGCAGAAUCAACGACCUUAUCAGAACGCAGACUGGGCAUACGACCAAGCAUGAAAAAGUUUGAAUGUGAAAACUUGAGUUUGUUGGAAAUAGUAAAAAUUAGUGCUCCGCGUAACUUAUUCCUUAAUCGCCCUCUUAUUUCAAUUUUGGAACAACUGGGCGUGAAACCAAACAUAUUUCUGAAACUACAAAAAGAAAUGGUGAUUGACAUAACAGAUUCACUAAUUUAUGAAAGAAAGGCUUGCAAACUAUUAACAAAUUUGACAACUUUAGACUACCCUUACAUGAAGCUUUUGAAAUCUGGAAUUUGUUUAACUGAGGAACCUUUUUAUCGUUCUUUACUUCAUUCUGUGUACAGAAAUUGCAUUGAUCAAUUACGUAGUAAAGCAAGGUUGGCUGUUCCUCCUGAGUAUGGACGCAACAUGUUGGGUGUGUUAGAUGAGACUUUUACCCUGGAAUAUGGACAGAUAUUUGUACAAUAUUCUGAAGAAGUAGGCUAUGGAAUAUCUCCAACCAAAAUUUUACAAGGAACUGUAGUUGUUACUAAGAAUCCUUGUAUGCAUCCGGGAGAUGUGAGAAAGCUGGAAGCAAUUGAUGUGCCAGCACUUCAUCACAUCAAAGAUUGUAUCGUAUUUCCAGCCAAGGGGAAGAGACCACAUCCUGAUGAAAUGGCUGGUUCUGAUUUAGAUGGCGAUGAAUAUGUCGUUAUCUGGAUGCAGGAUUUGAUAUUUCCCAAAAGAAAUUACAAAGCUAUGGAUUACCCCCCUAAUCCAGAAAUUAAACACAGUGGAUCAAUAACAGUUGAUGACAUGAUAGAUUUCAUUCGCACAUAUAUUAAGAAUGAUAACAUUGGUGUUUUGGCAAAUGCACAUUUGGCUUGGGCAGAUAUCCAUCCAGAGGGCAUCUUUUCUAAAGUAUGUAUGAAAAUUGCUGAAAAAUAUCCAAUGGUUCUCGAUUUUGCAAAAUCCGGAACGACAUGUCAUCUUACCUACCAAGAGAAGCCAAAGCAAUAUCCCGAUUUCAUGGAAAAGGGUGCUGCAAACAAUAGCUAUAAAUCAAAAAAAGCUUUAGGUUUGCUUUACCGAACAACCAGGAAUCUGGAAGCCUGUGUAAGCAAAAUUGAUACUCUGGAACAGCCUGUUGUGCCUGAUAAGUUUCUAGAGUAUCCCGGCUGGGAAGAAUAUAAAGAUUCUGCAGAUAGUCACAGGAAAGAAUAUUCAAAAAGAUUCAAGAAUAUUUUAAAGAAAUAUGGCAUACAAAAUGAAGCUGAGGCAUUGACUAGUUAUGUGGGUAAAGUGAAUGAUUACAACGAGAACCGUUAUGAAAAAGCAAAUGCAAUUUCUAUCUCCAAAACCUACUUAAUGGACACAAUUAAGCGGUUUAGGUAUGAGUUCUUCAAAUCGUGUGAUAAGGAAGUUCAGAUGCACAGAAUACCACGCAAUGAAGUUACUGAAUACAAGUAUCGAAGAGCUUCUGCUUGGUACAUGGUUACAUAUUGUAGUUCAGACAGAACCAUACUUAGUUUCCCUUGGAUCAUUGGAGAUGUACUGGCUGAAAUGAGGCUGAAGUUGUGUGGAUCAAAACCAAUUCCUAGGAGUUCGUUCAUUGAACAAUCCGAUGAAGUUUUACUUCAGAAAUUCGAAGAUUUAAAGAACCAUCUCGAUGGAAGAUGUUACUGCGUUCCGACAAUGUAUGAAAGCGUUAGAGAAUGGAUGACCAAGUCAUCUUUGACAUUGAAAAUGACAGCAGAUGAGGUGUUCUGUUUUCAGUGCUAUGAAAGAAUUAAGGAUUAUUUUAUGCAAACUCAACAAAUCACUUGCUGCUCUUCUAAAGAAGAUGGCUGCAACUGCUCAAACAAGUGUUCCCCGAUGAAGUUAAUUUUAAAGUUUAUGAAAUUCUAUGCCACUGAAGUGUGUUCUGAGAUUGGACAGUGUAAUGCCCAACUUCCAAAUAGACAGCAAUGUGAAGGCUUUCGUGUAGUGAAUCUGCAGUCUGUGGCUUUACAGGCAUACGCUUCACUUGCAGUGACUAGAAAUCGAAGCUAUUUAGGCUUCACAGAUAACAGCACUAGCAGUAGUGAUGAUACUAUUGACGAAGAGGGUGAUCCCAUUCGAGUCCCAGUUACUAAAGAAUUCAGCUUUAUAAUGACUCAUCACAGGGAUGAGUUGGAUGAUUUGCUGAAAUCACUUACUGGCGUUAAAGAAAUUUUUAUUACUGGUGAUAAAGAUAGGAAAGACAAUUGGUAUAUAUUGGUUCACUCAAUUGGUAAAGCAUGGCAAAGAUGGAGCCUAGAAGAGCUUAUAAUGGACCCUAAAAGUCCUACAUAUUUUCAAUCCAAAUUGAAGGGAAUGGAAUCUUAGAGUUUUUAUACUUUUUAUAUUUCGAAAUAUUGUGUACUCUAGAUUUUAAUUUUUUAAUGAUUUUUUGACAUGUAGAUACUACACAGCCAGACAAGAAGAGUAUAUCUCAAGGUUUUUCUUCAAACAUUUCCUUCUUAUUUCAUGGUCAUUUACUAGUCUUGUGCAUAAUAGUUUAACAAUUAGUGUCAGAUCAUCGAUUUUUCCAAGUCAGGGCAAAUCUUGAAACAGCCACCCUUACCUAUCUUUCUUCAACUUUUUGCGUAGAGUUUUGCCCAGACCACUCAGAAAUGGGACAUAUGUACUGCUCCCUCCCCCAGAAGCAGGGGCGGAUACAGAACAUUUUAAGGUGGGGAAGAGGGGUCAUGUUGAAGAAAGACUCUCCUCCUUCCCGUGUGUACGAACCAGCGUUUUUGGGUACGAUGAAUUUCUGAAACUGCUUGGGUGUCAAUAAAAAACACCAAUCGGCCAGGAAUGAGGCACCCAAUAGGAUAUGAACAUUACAAAUUAAUUUCAUCAGCAGAUAAAAGAAGUAGUUUUUCAAACAUUUACUUUCAAAAAUAAUUAAUGAAUUGAAAACACAACUGAAAUCGUUUACAUUUUAUUCAUAACUAGUGGUACCCGCACGGCUUUGCUCAUAGCAGAAAAAUGAUAUGGUCAUUUGGUCGCCUGUAUAUUUACAAAUAAUGGAUGAUUAAUUUUUCGCCAAUUUGCUAAGUUCAUUGGCUCGCCCAUGUUACGGUUCCACGUUAUGACAAUUUGGUAAUUUACUCGUUCACGGUAUGAUAAUUUGCUCGGUAAAAUGUUCUUAAAAUUGGAAUAGAAAAAGAACAAAAUCCAAUUUUUGAGAUGCUCACCCCUAUGCUAGAACUAAUUCUGUGCCGAAUUUCAUGGAAAUUAAUGGAAGGGUCUAAGUGUUAUGUGCGUAAUAGAGAUCUAGAGACACAGACUUUCAGCUUUAUUAUUGGUAAAGAAGUGUUUGAACACAAUGUGGAGGACAGCUAUACAAUUGCCGACAGUGUAGGGGGAGGGGCGCCAGGAACCCCAUGUUCCACUCCUUGUAUCUGCCCCUGCCGAGAUGUAGCCCCUCCUUUCCGGAGUAAGGGCCCCAUCUUGCUCCCCCUAGAUCCAGCAGAUUACAUUUCGGUUUAAGCAUUAAAUUUUGCUAAAUAAGAAUAAAUAGUGGAAACAUCAAUUUCUACGACCAACAAACUAAUUACUUGAGGAAUAGAAAGAGCUCAUAAUCAAAGUUAACAUUUUGAGACAUUCUUCUUCUUCAGAAGAGUCAUGCGUUCUUAUUCAUAGCCAGUGAGCAAUAUUAUUAUGAACUUUGUUUUAAAUUAGUGGUUUGUCAUGUGUGCAAUGAUUUUUCAUUAUAAAUGAAUCUAUACUAUGAACUUUGGAUGAAAAUGUCGCUUUUCUCACUCUUUUAGUCUUAUGUUCAUGUCUUGUAUGAUGUCAUAUGUAUGUAUUUCUUUAAUUUUUGAGGUCUUUUUUUUCAUAGCUCGGCAUACUUCUUACCUCUAUGUCUGUCUAAUGGAUUCAGCUUCUGAACAAAUUCAUUGUCGAUUUUCAAAUAUGCAUCCUUCAGUGCCAUCAAACUUCUUUAUUUUUUAUCAUGCACAAAAAUGUUCCAUGUGUCAUUCACGUUAAUGAUUUUGUUCACUUUUACAUGUUUUUAAGAUAUCCAAUAUUUGUUCAUUACUUUUAGUGAAAUUAAACUAAAAUAGAAAUUCGAGUGCAGUUUUCAAACUGAAGAAAAGCAGUUAUAAGAUUUAUUUUUAUACCAAAGACUUUUUUUUAUGAAGUUUUAAAUUUUGUUGAUAUAGGUAUGUACAUUUCUGUCAUUCUUGUUGUUGAUUGUGCAUUUUUCUCAUUCGUGUUGAUGUAUUUAUUAACUGGGUGAUAUGCCUGCUUCUGGAUGAGUUUUUAACACUGUGAUACCUUUUAGUGCAAUAAGAAAGAUGAAAUUUUUAAAGUUUCUUUCAUGGGUAAUGUUCCCUUACUCAUCUACGAAAGUUCCUGAAGUGCACAAAAAAAAAAAGAA